UUCCCAAUAUGGUGGCGCGCAGUUACAAGACGUGGUUAUUUCUGUUUUGUGUUUACAUUUGAUAUAGUCCUAUCAAUUAAGUUGAUGACAACGACUUUGUUGUUGUGGAUACUGUUUUAACAUCUGUAGCGGAAGACGUUAAAAGAUAUUAACAAAGAUGUUUCCUAGACCUAAACCAGGUGACACGGAGGAAGAUCUCCUAAAAUUCCAAAAAGAAUUCAUGGCGAACAAGGAAAAGCCAGGAGUCACUAUAUUCAAACGCCCAGACAAACGCAAAACCAGUACUUCUGAUGACAGCAAACCUGCCACUGAGGAGGAAGACACAAAUCGGGAUGUGGUUAACAUGGAUGUUCUUCCUCCUGAAUUGACAAGUGUACCACCCAUAAAAAAGUCUAGGUUUAAGAGCCAGCAGGAAGAGAAAUCCAGAAGACAGAAGAGAGAGGCAGAGAUGAAUCUGAGUCCAGAGGAAAGGCUUGACAAAGCAGACACGUCUACUGCCGCAGUGUUGACCAAGAUUAUUGAGAGGGACACUAGGGCAAUUCAGGUGCAUCUCCCCAGACACACUAGUCAAGCCUUCCCAUCUGUCUUCCACCAUGGUGAUCCAUCGCAGAAAGAGGCUGCUAGUCAUGGUAAGAAGAAGAGUUUGUUUGCCCAGCAAUUUUCUGCGCGGGGUGCGGGAUACUUUGGUGUCAUGUUAGAACAAGAAGAAGCAAAGGUUUCAACAGGUUCAUCAUCGUCAUCACAUGCCUCUAUGGAAACUGUCGUCUCAGGUGCAGAGGGACCCCACCUAGUGGAAGGAAUUGGCCUUAGUGCUACCUUUGGGAAGGAUGCUGCCCGGCAGAUUCAUGACGAAAACACAGAGAAACUUUCAGCCAUGUCAGAGGCAGAAAUCCAACAGGAACAACAGAGGCUUAUUGAAAUGCUGGAUCCGAAGCUGUUGUCUUUUAUAAAGUCAAAAUCAAAAAAAGAAAACCCAGUGUUGGAAUCCACCGUUCCACCCAGACCGCCUUUGGAGACAGAAUCAUCACAGAGGGUUAAGACUGAGUCAGUUACUCUGAGUGAGGAGGAAUUACCUGUUAAACCCAGGAGAGAGUGGGUGAACAUGGAUAAAGCAGAAUAUGACAAGUUAUCCUGGAUGAAGGAGUUACCUGCCCCUAAAACGGGAGACACGCAGACUGGUCAGCAAGCAAGAUUUGACUUUAAAGGUCAACUGGUACAUGCUGACCUUGACCUUCCUGUGACCUCUGGAUUACAUCACCAUGGUAAUGAACCAGAGAGAGCGGGAUACACUCUGGAGGAACUGUUCCUGCUGGCCCGGAGUACCAACACACAGCAGCGAGUCAUAGCUUUCACCACGAUGGCUCGGAUCUUCUCCAGGGCCCGCAGUGGUGAGCUGUGCCAACUGGUCCAGUCCCCUAUACUCCCUGCUGUGUUAGAUGGGGGUGUGGUGUUCCUGGUGCGCUGGGCUAUGGACGAUAAGAUUGACAUGGUUCUGUCAGCGGCCGUGCAUGCUCUACAUAGUCUACUGGUCAAUCCUGCGGAUGAGCUUGCACUGGACAGUGUGUUUCCCUGGUAUCAAGGUCAUGUCGUCACGACAAUGAACCCAUCACAGGAUCAGAUGACAACAAAGGAAGACGAUGACGAAAACACUCCACAGGAAACUGAUGCAGAUAUUCUCAAACGUGAUGUUGUCUUGUGUCUUGUGGAGAGAAUGAACCUGUUACCAAGGAUACGGUUCCUCCUAGACCAGUGGCGCCCCCAGGCCCCUACUGUGCUGCACAUCAUUGGUAUCCUAACGCGGAUGGUACAACAUUCCACCACAGUGGCAUAUAAAGUGGUGCAGUGCCCGGGGCUGAUUGAGAUGAUAAUUCGUGAGUUCUUACCGACAUGCUGGCAGGAACGUGAGGAAGCCGUGCCCUUGUCUGAUACUUAUGGGACACCUGUACCCGCAGUGAUGAGACUAAUGCGGACACUAGCCCAGGCUGGCCGACACAUUGCUGCUCACUUGAUAUCAACUCACCACCUACACAAAAAGCUGCUUCGGUACCUAGUCGCUGAUCAACCAAGACACCUUCAGCUGGGUGAGUCGGAGUGUUACCAGUUACAGAAGGAGAGUCUACGUGUCGUCAAAAUUUGUUUACUGUAUGGCCUGGCCUCUGAAACCUUUAUCGACUUGUUUCCAACAUUUGUGAAACAGCUUCAGCAGCUCCAGAGGGAUGUUACUGAUGAUUCGGUCAGUUCUCAUAAGAUGGAGCUGUACGUCGAGCUUGUAGGUGUCUUGGAGGGGGCAGUUCACUUAGCCGGAACAGCUGUAACAGCCAAUCAGAAAGCGGCAUUUGUUAGGAGUGAAGACGGUAUGUCCUCCGAGGCUGCUAAGACUGAGGUGGCUGCCAUGCCGACCCUGAAUUGGGGUCAUGUGGCUGACCUUCUACAUCCCUUGAUGUGUGUUCUACAGACACAUUUGACCGAGAUUAAGGACACCUAUCAAAUACAGAAGCAGAGUCUACAGCUUUCCGUGGCCUGUAUCAACUUUGUGACAUCUUAUUACGCACGCUGGCAGGCACAAGUGUCGGUCAGUGCUGUGGUCAUUCUACAGAGUGUGGAGGAUUAUCUGACCACCGUUCUGGAGCCAUGCUGGUCAGGGUUCGGGUUCCAGGUCAUUUUCUCCAAUCUCAGUAACCAUUCACAGCUGUUGAGUACAUCUAAGCCCCCUGUCAGAGAGGUAACACCUAGUAACCCAGAUCUAGGGUGUACAGAGAUUGACGAGUGCCAACAUCCAAUUCUCACUACAGGGACACCCUACGGCCUGGCGACAGCCGUUCUCAGACAGCUGUACACUCUGUGUAGUGUACACAAGGGCAUCCAGGCCAGGGUGUUACCUUGGGUGCUGGGUCAUAAAGAUCUGUGGGUUUACCUAAGGAAGACGUCUACCAGCAUAUCACAUCUCCAUGGCAACCACUUCACCAAGUUUGAAAACAUCCUUCAUUAUUUUUACCUUAAGCUGACCUGUAUGACGAGUCCGGAGCAGACAAAGCUUGACCACUCUGUGAUACAGAGGCUGACCUUGACCUUGUUGAUAAGACUCCACCACGGAAGUGAGCACCUCGUCCACGACCUCCUGUCCACGGUCCUGUUCAGUCCCAGUUUGUGGAGAGCUGUAGGUGAUGACAGUGCAUGUGGAGACUUGGCCGACCUCAAGCUGUCCGACACUCAGCAUGUCACUCAAAUCACACAGGAGCACCCUGCCCCUAGGAAAGAGCUCUUACAGAGAUGCUAUACGCGGCUAAACGCACUCCGUGCUACCUACCUCAGCUCCUUUAGUCACAGCGAGAAAUUCGCUCACAGAUCCAGGUAUUGUUUCACCAUGACUCCACUUCAGACAGAGAAGUUUUUCACCCCACGGUCAGGAGAGUGUCUAAUGCCCUGUGAUUGGAUGUUUGUCCCACUUAUUGACCUGUACAAUGUCUUCAGUUCUGUGGGUGGAGAAGUCCAGAAUGCGCUGUCCGUGAGUCAGCUGGACACAGUGACCGCAGUCCUGCAGUGGAUCUACCUACUGGAGGCCUGUCAGGGAGACAAGAUGGCCACCAUCUCCAUCACACUCAAAGUGUCACGUAUCAUGUGUACUUUCCUCACAGGUAACGAUCUGUUCCUUGACCGGACUGUCCACUGCUACCUAGAGGCCCUACUCCAACAGUACACCACACCAGCCCUCCUGCACAAGCUGGACUUUGAGGAAGAUAUUCCUGGACUUGUGUCCUUCUACGACUUAUAUAUGGCCCUACUCCAGCAGUACGAGGCUAUGUCGUUAUAUGUUACAGAUAUGUGGCCCUUCUCCAGCAGUACGAGGCUGUGUCAUUAUAUGUUAAAGAUAUAUAGCCCUACUCCAGCAGUACUAGGCUGUGUCAUUAUAUAUUACAGAUAUGUGGCCCUACUCCAGCAGUACGAGGCUGUGUCGCUAUAUGUUACAGAUAUAUGGCCCUACUCCAGUAGUACGAGGCUGUGUCGCUAUAUGUUACAGAUAUAUGGCCCUACUCCAGCAUUACGAGGCUGUGUCAUUAUAUGA